AUGGGAGAUCCAUCAGAAGAACGCCGACAGGUCUUGCACUACGCAGCAGUCCAUGGCCGUGCCGACCUGAUCUCCUUGGCCAUUGAGCAGGAGCUCACGGCAGAUGGCAACACGGCAGAGGCAGUCAAGUCCUUGCUUGCUUGGCAAAACGGCGAGAAGGGCACUGCUUUGCACGAAGCUUCCCGUGCCGGGCAUGUGGAUGUGGUCCGUUUGCUGCUGCUGCGCGGGGCCCCUGCAGAUGCGCAGGAUGUUCGUGGCCAAUCAGCCUACCAGGUGGCGGCGGCCGAAGGCCCUGCCAACAAGUUGGCCCAAGUUCAGGCUGCGUUCAAAGCCGAGCUUUUCAAGCGCUGCGCGCAGGGCGACCUCGCUGGCGCGGAGGCCCUUGCAUUGGGCGGCGUGGACCUGAAUGGUGAUCAGGCUGGAUACACACCCUGGGCGUGGGCGGAGCUUUUUGGCCAGACCGAAGUUGCGCAGCGAAUACAGGAGCUGGUGAGUGAGCAGAGUGAGCAAGAAGUGCAGCAACAAGAGCGAACCGGGAGCCGUAUGAGCUCUACGAGCUCCAGAUCAGACCAUGUGGUGGAGCCCGAGCGCUUGGUUCAGUGUGCGGUGCCCGAGAGAGGUGGUUAA